GCAUUGUGGGGUAAAAAUCCAGCAGAGAGCGGACAUGAAGGAGCACAAAGGAGUGAUAAAGGAUAAAGUUUGUUAUGAUGUGAAUGAAUGUGACUGUCAGUAAUCUGUGAGUAGAAGUGGGCGGCAGGUUAACCACUGCCUGACUGACUGACUGACUGCAGGCAGGGGGCAUGUGAGGGAGGCGGAGCGGCACGGCUCGGUUUUUGUCAGCGGACCUGUUCUCCUCCUGAGGCCCGGCAGAUACCACAGGCCUCACACCGGAAGGACACUUCUGCACACAGCAAGAGUCCAAAAUGGGGGUGAAGACCUUCACCCACAGUUCGACCUCCCACAGCCAAGAGAUGCUGGAGAAGCUCAACGCUCUGCGCAGCGAGGGUCAUUUAUGUGACGUUACCAUCCGGGUUCAAGACAAGCUCUUCCUGGCACACAAAGUGGUGUUGGCCUGCUGCAGCGAGUUCUUCCGUUCCAAACUCAUAGGUCGACCCGAAGAGGAGGAUAAGUUUGUGUUGGACCUGCACCAUGUGACCGUUAGUGGUUUUGCCCCUCUCUUGGAAUAUGCUUACACUUCUACUCUGUCCAUCAGCACAGAAAACAUCAUUGAUGUCCUGGCAGCUGCGAGCUACAUGCAGAUGUUUACAGUGGCUAGCACAUGCUCAGAGUUCAUGAAAUCCAGUAUUCUGUGGAGCCCUACAAGCAUCAGCACCAGCAGUGCAAUAGCAGAGAAAGGCCAUGACGCAGCACCAGAGAGUGCUUCAUCAAACUGUGCCCUGACACCACUGGAUGGCAGCGUGUCACCUGUGUCGUCUGACUGCAGCGUGAUGGAGAGAAAUGUUCCCGUUUGCCGUGAAUCACGGCGGAAACGUAAAAGCUUUGUAACAAUGGCGUCACCGGAGAGUCCCCUUAAAUGCACUACACAAAUGGUCACCACCUCCCCGCAGAUUCCCAACCCAUCCCCAUCAUUCUCCGAUGGCCCGACCCAGCCUGUGGAGUCCUCCUUGGCUUUUCCCUGGACGUUCCCCUUCGGCAUCGACCGCAGGUUUCACUCAGACAAAUCAAAGCUGCCCGAGAGCCCCCGCUGCUUGGAGCAGGGGGCUUCAGGGACCUCAGACGGAGCAGUUGCUCGUCGGCUCAGUGACUUCCUAACUUGUGAGAGCUCGAAGGCAGUGUCCUCACCGGUGGCAGCUGAAGAGGAAGACGUGAGAGUGAAGGUGGAGCGUCUUAGUGACGAGGAGGUCCAAGAAGCAUCGUCACAGCCGGUUAGCGCCUCUCAGAGCUCACUGAGUGACCAGCAAACAGUUCCAGGGAGCGAGCAGGUCCAGGAGGAGCUUCUUAUCAGUCCACAGUCUUCAUCUAUAGGGUCGAUGGACGAAGGGGUGUCAGAGAGUUUGCCUUCGCUGCAGAGCACUUCCAACACCGGAGGACAUGCAGAAGAUGAUGAAAGACUGGAAGGUAUUCAGUACCCGUACCACCUCUAUAUUAGCCCAUCAGCUCGGCCUGGCACCAAUGGCCCCGAUCGGCCCUUUCAGUGUCCAACCUGUGGAGUCAGAUUCACACGUAUUCAAAACCUGAAACAGCACAUGCUCAUACACUCUGGCAUUAAACCUUUCCAAUGUGAUCGCUGUGGGAAAAAGUUCACACGGGCCUACUCCUUAAAGAUGCAUCGGCUGAAGCACGAAGGUAAACGCUGUUUCCGGUGCCAGAUUUGUAGCGCCACAUUCACGUCCUUCGGUGAAUAUAAGCAUCACAUGAGGGUCUCCCGACACAUAAUCCGCAAGCCGCGGAUUUAUGAGUGCAAAACAUGCGGCGCCAUGUUCACCAACUCUGGCAAUUUAAUUGUACACCUGAGGAGUCUGAACCAUGAGGCAUCCGAACUAGCAAACUACUUCCAGAGCAGUGAUUUCCUCGUGCCCGACUACCUGAGCCAGGUUCAGGAGGAAGAGGAGGCGCUGGGAGUCCAGUAUGAGCUGGAGGAGGCCCAGCAUCACCCACUCUUCCCAAGCAGCACCUCCACUUCCACCACCACUGCCACCUCCUCCUCAGUCCAGAUGUCUGUCAUUUCCCAGGUCUCCUCUUCCACCCAGAACUGUGAGAGCUCCUCUGGCUUCCUGUCACCUGAACCGCUGGAGGCCACUCCCCCUCUGAAGAUGGACACAGAUGAGACAGCGGUCUCCACAGAGGAGACCAGAGUGGACGACCGUGCAGGAGUCAGUUCUCCAGAGGUGUUUGACGAGGAGCAGCAGCAUCCUCAGACCAAGGAAGUGGCUUCCAUUACCAUCGAGUGAUUCAGCUUUGGCCUUCCAUCAUGUCUUAUUUUGCAGUUCUGCCACGUGGGGUUACUCAUCGCAGUGAUUAGAUGGAACCACAUGUGAACAGUUCAUCACAUGGGACUGUGAGGAUGGAGAUGAUCUUUGAAGACUCCUGUUGGCUUCAGAACCUCGUUCUCUGCACACAAGUGAAAGCACUUAUUUGCGUUUAUGUUGUACAUCAGAUCUCAUUAGGUCAGGCGGUCUCAAAGCGUUUUUACUACCUGGAAAUGUGAGUUAUCAGUAUUUUAACAAAGUAAUAAAGUUGUUUUUUAUCCCAUAUGACUUGAAUGCAGCUGAAGUCAUUUAUGUCUUAGCCAAUUGGAGGUUUGUUAAUUCCAAGCCUUGACUCAACUUUUAGAAAGUGCCUGAGAGUUCACACUUAAAGUAACAUAUAAGGAAAGAAAAGCACUCGGCUUUGCCUGGUGAUAAAUCAAGUGUUUGUGAACUUGGUUCAAAUGUAUUAAACUGUAUUAAAUUUGUAGAAGUAUUGUUAGUUUGUAUGGGUAGAGACUGUGCUAUUCCUUUGGUGCCGUUGCUAUUGGCAAACUAUUACAUGUCAAUAUUAUCUAUACUGCAAUAGCUUGUACUGUAGUUCUAUAUGAAUGCUGUGUGUGUUGAGUGUUGUGAAAUACGAUGUGUGUAUGUGCGUUUCUAUGACCAGUAUGAACACAGUGCAUUUCGUUUGUGUUUAAAACUUGAAAAAUGUUGAUAAAAUAUUCCCUAAAUUCA